CGACACGGCUUCGGCAUUGGCAAAAGCGGAAAAGAUGUCUGCAGAAGACAUGUCAGAAAUCAGUCUGUAUCGGGAACAGGCUAGGAUUUUGGAAGAUCUGAAAACCGAGAAGUACGACUCAGCGAUUGAAUGGUGCAAGAAGAUGCGAACUUUUUGUCUUGGGACAGCCGAAACCGAGGAACGGAAAAGUCUACAACUUUUAGACCGCUUCUUGCCAGUGCUUCUGGUGCAACAGUUCCUGAGCGGGUUUUUUAGGGAGAAUCAAGACUUGUUUCAACAUGGAAAUUCGAACGCUCGCCUUAGUAUUGAUGGAAGUUGUGGAGGCGGAGGGAAUGUGGAAGUGGAUUCCGGAUCCGGACGCGGGCGUACAACUGAAAGACAAGAAAGAGACCAACUCUGUAAACGUCAUUCCACAGCCAUGCAGAAUUUGGAGAAAGGGUUGAAAAAUUUCGCAAAAAAUGUGGAAACCUCUCUGAACAAUCCGAGUUCUUGUGCGACGACGACUGCGUUCUUUAUGCGGCAAGCGUUCAGCUUGGUGCUGUUUUUGGUGGAAGACAUCUCCUUUCGAUUGGCACAAAAACUUCGAGAGCAGGGCACUAGUGGGGAUAGGGAUGGAGAUGCGGUAAUGCAGGAACAAGAGGAUGAUUCUUAUGUUGAAGGAAUAUUUUCAACAUCAACAAAGUAAACAUCAAUCUGAAAAUUUCAGAUUGAUGAUGUUUACUUUGUUGUAUACGUGUAGGUACCGGGCUGGUAGCAAGAAAAGAAAUGUUAUGCAGGCUAUUAUCGUGAGUACAAGUUCUUGUACCCUUUAGUUUUUGCCUGGUCCUUCUCGUUUUUUUUUCUUCAUAUCAAGACCACUGGGUGAAGGGGUCUACAACUUGUUAAUAUGCACUUCAUAUCAAGACCAGAAGAGCGCGCUCAAGGAAAUCCGAGAAGCAGUCAACCGCUGACAUCCAUCUUCCGAGUCCUGUGAUUGUGCGCAGCCUUGACCAUGAGGAGGCAAAAGGCAUCGAGGAAACUGCUAAAGUUCAGCUUCAACAAGACCAAGUCCAAGAUUCAACAAUGCAAGUAGAAAGCAGCACUCUGCUAGAUGAAGAACACACUGAAAAGCCUGACUCCUCUGUCCUUCGUCGUGCUGAGGCUGUUUGGAAUAGAAGAAUAGCAAAUGCGAAUCUUGAUGGAGAGGAUUAUGCAUUUCUAACAACUGCUGGAAGUGCUGCUCAGAGUUUGAACCGUGAUGGCGCAUCUAGAUCUACCUCCGGCAACACUCGAAGCUACGCUUCCGUCCUCGCAGAGGAUCAAAAAGAAAGUAAAAGGAAAUCAAGCAUCAAGAAGACCUACCUAGGCGGAGCAAGAACUACAGGAGGAGGAGGAGGAGGAUCUAGUAGUACUAGUAGUUCCAGCACAAUGCUGCGAGGAGAAGGAGCAGGUGCAGAUGGAGGUCAACUACAACUAUCUUCUUUGACAAUCGAUUGUGCUGAUGUUGUUUCAUCGAGUUACAAGGAUGAAUCUAAAGCUCGAAAGUCAUUGGGAGGGGUAAAUGACGCACGAUCCCUGCGGAGUACAAGUGUAGUAUCCUCCACUUCCACUUCCUCGAAAAAUAAUGGUUUGUUCAUAGAAGUCCCCGAACAGUACAAAUUCCUGCUAGAUCUCGCCUGCGAGAUCGAGCCAUUUUUCAUGAGGACAUUUCGCGAAGUCAAUGGCUUGCCUGUUCGGAAGCAACUCUUUGAAGCAUUUUUAGAAUCUGGAUUGCUGGCUUUGAAAAACGGAAACGCUUCUUCGACUGCGCAAAUAGCUGAGUCAGGUGUUGUGCUAAAUAGUGAUCCACAUCUUCUUCCACAUGGUGGCGGGGGAGGCAGCAAUACGAAUACCACUGGAACAGGAGCGGGAACGACAAGAACAGGCAGUCCUUCAGGGAAUUUGAGAAAUAAUCAGGAGUCGCUGAGUCAUAUCUUUACCCAAUUAUACAAUAGCAGUCUUGGUGCUGGAAACAAUAAUACUACAGGAGGAGGAGGAGGAGGCGGAGGAGGGGAACCGUCAUCGUCUUUGGAAGGAACAAUCGGAGGAGGUGGACCUGGAGGUGGUAGAGGGAGAUAUGGUAUUACAACAACAACAAUGCGACGUGGUGGAGGUGGUCUUCGAAACCACUCCUCUACUUCUAGGUCGUCAAGUUCGCCGGACGUCAAGAGUUGUAGUACAGCAGCAACUCGAGAAAAUCAACAACAGCAGGAUCAGGAUGUCGACAUGACCACCACUGGUCGUGUCGCCACAGCUGAACCGAGAUUAGUAGGUCCUACAGGCUGUCCGAUCGAUGAAGGGUGGCUAUGGACGCCUUUUUUGAAGCGACGCGUGCCCAAUUGUCACAGUAUCAAUUCGAAUUUCGAACGGGCAGCGGCUAGUGGAGUCGCGAGUCAUGACAAAGGCAGCGGCGGUGAGGAUGAAGGGUCUUGUUUUUAUGGCUAAUGAGAUUGGAACUGCUUGAGAUUGUCAACGUGAUUGAUGUCCUCUAGAGAUUCUCGUAAGCAGUAGUACUCGUUAUCAUCCAAUUGAUCGCGGAGAGAUAAUUCCCAGUGCUAUUAAUCUGUAUUCUGCAGAACCAGAACGACCUCUAAUAUCAGCAAGAAGAUCUCAGAUACGAAAUGAAGAGUGGAAUCAUUUUCACGAAAGGGUUCCUGGACGCGAGAACAAUCCGAGCGACGUCAGCAGCCAAUGCCCUUGCGGCCGCAGGGAAGAUGCUGAAAAAAAAGCUAUGGUAGUGGAAAUCGAAAUGAUUUUUGUCGUGUCUCUGGCACAUCAGUCAGAGUCACUGUCUGCUGCUGCUCAAGAUGAUUUGGUAGAUAUAAAAUUUAUACGACACCUUUUCAUUUAUUACACUUUGAUAAAAAUGUGAUUGAAAGACUCCAACAACAUCACUUUCUCCUCUGGAUGACGAUGAAAGAAUGAGGAGAAUUAGAGGAGGAAGUGAUGUUGAUGGAGACCACUACAUCCUCUAAUCCAAUGUGUUUCUCUCUCUUUAAUAAUCCUCUAAUUGGGUCAUACUAACUCAUGUGUUGUGUAGUUUCUCUCUCUUCAAUUAUUAGAACUUGUAGUUGUACUUCGUAUUAGAACCUGUAGUACUUCGUAUUAGAACGACCUGUUGUACUUCGUAUUAGAACGACCUGUAGUACUUCAUAUUCAAACCUGUAGUACUUCAACAUAUUAGUAUUAGAACUUGUAGUACUUCGUAUUAGAGCUGCCUGUUUAUGAAUAUACCCUGUACUCACAGUGGUCACAACUAGUAUCUGUAUCUUGAACUUGAUCUUCAUCCUCUAAUACAUAAGCAAGGAUGGAACAAGGAGGAGGGUCGUCUGCUACAGCUCUUGGAGGAGGUGAUGUUGAUGGAUAAGGGUGUGGAUCAUAACGAUCAGGAGCAAGGUCCUCUGCCGCGUGCUGGACAAACAGGAGAAGGCAAGAAUAUGCGAAGCGACGAGGAUUAUCAUGCAAACGCGAUCGCGGCUAAGGAAGAUCAAGAUGACUUCGAGAUGCAGAUAGAAGAGGAAAACCUGUUCGCUGACUCUAGUGACCAACCUCCUGGCGAGAUAGAGUUUGCAGUGUUUGAUCAUGACGAAGCUCAGAAGUUCUUUGGAGACGGGUCUCAGAUUAUCCUACCGAUAGAAAAUUUCAGAAGGAUCUAUGUGACGUAAGCGUGCGGUGCAAUUGUCUUGUCAUCGACGACUAGAAACAAUUCGUUUCAAGCAAACCGAAAAGAACUAUGAAAAAUUAUGAAGCAGACACACCAACAAGAGCAUUAUGGCCCCUGAUGCUGAGAAAUGAUUACUUGGCAAUAAUUGAAUUAUGAAAGAACGCGCUGCAACCUUGUUUGCAAGCGCAAUAAGAAGUUUUGCUGCAUCUUUUUUGAUGUGAUGUUCGUGCCACACUGGAG